CUGCAGUUCACUCUCGUCUCGGGACACAGCUCUUUACCCAAGUUAAACAAGCUUUUGCAGAAACGAAGAAGAAACCAGAGAUCCCCCUUUUUUGAUCUUUUAACUCACCCAGCUUCUGUUUAGCAGUAAUCUGGGCUUGUGAGUGAAAAGCACCCACUUCCAGCUUCUUCUGAUCUCUGUUUUCUUCUAAAGUUUCAAUUUUUCGCCGCACGAGGCUCCGGGAAGCAGACGAGGGAGCGGAGCAUUUGGGAGAGGCCGUCGAUCUGUGCCCAGCAGUCGCUCUCCUCCUCGACUUGCUUCUCCAAGAUCCGCGGAGCGCAUGGACAGGUUCCGCACAGGUAACCGGAACCGGACUGGUUAUUGAACCGAACCGUUUCCGUGGGAGGGAACUACCCAAGAUCGGCCGGUUUGGUCCGGUUCCCAGUUCAACCCGAGACAGAUGCUCUGCCAUGUGGAGGUUUUAUUCCUUUUCAUUGCUUCUGCAUAUCGACUAUAAGCGCGUGGUGUCAAUUAGUUAGUAAUUUAUAUCUAGCUUGACAAGUUUGACUUGUUGGUGCGAUUCUGGUUGCCAACUGCAUUUCGCAUAACCUAAGAGCCACGAAGCAUUUUGGCUUGCUUCGCCGUCAAGCUUGAAAGGAAAAAUUAAGGCCAGAGUUAGAGCAAGAGUUAGAGCAAAGAAGACAUGCAUCUUCCCAUUAAGAAACGCAGAGUCAGUGUGCUUAGAAUUGCAGAAGAUGCUGAUAGUUCGUUGACUGAGCCGACCGGAACUCAUUCCGGUGGAUGUAGUUCGCCUCGAGCAGAAACUAAUAAUGGUACACCUAGUUUGUCGACCGCGUCGACUGAAAACUGCUAUGAGGUGUUCCUGAGCUUUAGAGGAUCGGAUACUCGAAAAGGGUUCACGGAUCAUCUCUACUCUGGGCUUGUUGACGCUGGAAUUCGUGCUUUUAGAGACGAUGAUGAGCUCCGCCAACUCGAGGAGAUGGGCCCAGAUCUUUUGGGAGCCAUCAAGAACAGUAAGAUCCUGAUCCCCAUUCUAUCCGAGAAUUAUGGUUCGAGCAAACGGUGCCUUGACGAGCUGGUUCAAAUGAUGGAGUGCAAGGAUAAUGACACGGGGCAUGUAGUGUUGCCCAUAUUCUACAAAGUUGAACCGGAUCGCCUGCGACAUCAAAUUGAGAGUUUUGGAGAUGCUUUCGACCCAGCGAUUAUGGAGAACUGGAAGCAAGCACUCAACGAAGUCAGUUCAUUGAAAGGAUGGAAAGCCAAUGGGUAUGAAAGAGAAUUGGUGAAGUCGGUUAUCAAGAAAGUGUUGAGCGAGUUGAAGAACAUUUUUGAGUUGGUUACUCCCGAGAGUUUGGUCGGAAUUGAUGGUCAUGUGGAGAAGAUUAUGGAGUUUGUAGAUAAUAAUUCUCGUGCCACCCUAUUUGUUGGCAUCCACGGAAUGGGAGGCAUUGGUAAGACAACUCUUGCUAAAACCAUCUACAACAAGCUCUCCCAUCAAUUUGACUAUUGUAGCUUCAUCCCCGAUAUUAGGGAAUCCUGUAAGCAUAAUGGCCUUGCAUACUUGCAGAAUCAGUUAAUUUCUGAUAUAUUGAAGCAAAAAAAGCAAGUCGAUAAUAGGGAUGAAGGGACUAAGUUCAUCUCAUCUAAGUUUGGAACUAAGAAAGUCCUUAUUGUUCUUGAUGAUUUGGAUGAUGAUGAUCGGUUGAAGGCUUUGGCUGGAAAUCAUGAUUGGUUUUCUCCGGGAAGUAGGAUUGUUAUUACCUCCAGAAACAAGAGUAUUCUUGUCAAUGCUGGGGUAGACUACAACUUUGAACAUGAAGAAAUGGAUAUGGACAAAUCUUUGAUUCUCUUUAGCAGACAUGCGUUUCGAAGGGACUCUCCUCCAAGUGAAUUUGAGGAGCUCACUUAUGAUGUUGUAUCUAGCAUUGGAGGGCUUCCCUUAUGUCUUGAGGUUUUAGGUUCAUUUCUGUGCGCAAAAGAGCCAGCACUAUGGAGAAGUACAAUAAUCAAGUUAAUAAAAGUCCCUCCUAAGAAAGUACGAGAAAAGUUAAGGCUAAGUUACGAAGCUUUAGAGUGUGAACAAAAGCAAAUAUUUUUGGAUAUUGCUUGUUUUUUCAUUGGCACUGAUGGGAGAAUUGCAUCCUACAUGUGGGAUGCCCGUGACUUUUUCCCAAAAGAGGGAAUUGAAGUAUUGACAUUUAUGUCAUUAAUAACAGUUGGAGAUAAGCACGAGCUUAUAAUGCAUGACGAAUUGAGAGAUCUUGGUAGGGAAAUAGUUUGCGAGGAAAACAAGGGGGGGCCUCAAUACCGUAGUCGGUUGUGGGACUCGAAGGAAGCCUUGAAAGUGCUAAAGGGAAAUAAGGGAACAGAAAAGAUUAAGGCCAUUUAUCUUAGCAAAGGCAGCCCAGAAUGCUCUGGCGAAACAGUUGACCAAGGUGGCGAUAUCCACACAGACAAACAAUUCAAGAACUUAACAAGUCUACGGUUCCUUCACGUGAAUGGGGCACAUUUUAGUGGAGAUUUUAAGGACUCAAUUGACGAGUUAAGAUGGCUUCAGUGGUGGAAUUGUCCCUUGACUUUUGAAGCAAACAAUUUUAAUGCAAAGGAAUUACUUGCACUUGAUUUGUCUGCGAGCAAGAUUUCACAUGAAUGGCGAGGAUGGAGUUCCAUCAUGAUGGCAAAGAAGCUAAAAUAUCUUGACCUUACAAAUUGUCAAUCUUUAGAAGGAACUUUCUUCCUCUCAGCUUUUAAGGAUUUAGAGGUAUUGAUCCUCCGAGAUUGUCGGAAACUGGAGCAGAUUGACUCUUCCAUUGGAGAGAUGAAGAGUCUGGUACGCUUGGACUUGACAGGAUGUUGGAGCCUCAAGGAGCUGCCAACAGAAGUGGAUAAAUUAGAAGCGCUGGAGCAACUCCUCCUAAAAAAUUGUCGAGACUUUUCUGUAUUACCAGACAGCAUAGGGGCUUUGCAGAAUCUAGAAAUCCUGAAUAUUAGUGGCACACGGAUAAAAGAAUUACCCAAUGGCAUUAGAAGGCUGAAAAAGCUCCAACAUUUAGAUGCUUCAUGGUGCAUAAAACAGGAAGGGGAAAUGUCAGAAUGCAUCCAUGAUCUUUCUUCCGAGCAAUUUUUUCUUUCUCAUAGUACGGAGGAGUUCCCACGGCUGUCGGAGCUCCAAUCGCUGCCGGAGCUUCCAUCCAACUUAACAUAUUUGAGCAUCACCUGUCAAAGUCACAGAUUGCCUUCACUUUCCCACCUAAGCCAUCUCAAGGAACUACGUCUUCUUGAUUGCAAAUUUCUGGAGUGCAUCUCGGAGCUUCCAUCAACACUAUUGGAGAUUUCAGAAUGCUCCCAAUUGAAGGAUGUUGAAAAAUCAGAAUUACACAAAUCUCUGAACACUCCCUUCAUGUUGGAAAUCUUGGCAAUCUGUGACUGCAAGUUCAUGGAAACAUUGGACGUUUCACAAUUUAACCAUCUGAGAACAUUAUUUGCCCAGGAUUGCAGCAAUAUACUUGAAGUUCAAGGUCUUGACAAAUUAAAAAAUUUGGAAAGCUUGACCAUCAUAAGGUGUGAUUCGAUUGAAAGGCUGGAUCUUCCUAAAUCCGAGGGCUUGAAGAAAUUACAUGCUGAAAAUUGCAAAAACUUAGUAGAAGUUCAAGGCCUUAAUAGGUUGGAGUUCUUGCAAGAGCUGCAUAUCUCUCAGUGUGCUUCAAUUGAAAGGCUGCAUCUUCCAAAAUCCAAGCUCAUGAAAAGAUUAUAUGUUUGUUCUUGCAAAAACUUAGUUGAAAUUCAAGGCGUGGAGUCCUUGAAAGAGCUAUAUAUCUACCAUUGCGCUUCAAUUGAAAUGCUUGACCUUUCAAAAUUUGAGGGUCUGAGGAUAUUAUAUGCUGGAUGGUGCGAAAAAUUAGUCAAAAUUCGAAGCCUCAAUAGGUUGAAGUUCUUGGAAGUGCUGAGUAUCUUUAGGUGCCCUUCAAUUGAAAGGUUGGCCCUUCUAAAAUCCGGGGGCAUUAAGAAAAUAGAUGUUGAUGGAUGCAUAAAAUUAGCCGAAAUUCAAGGUCUCGAUAGGUUGGAGUUCUUGGAAGAGCUGGAUAUCUCUAGGUGCGCUUUAAUGGAAAGGCUGGAUAUUUCAAAAUUCAAGGGUCUGAAGAAAUUACGUGCUGAAUGGUGCAGAAAGUUAGUCGAAAUUCAAGGCCUCAAUAAGUUGGAGUUCUUGGAAGAGCUCAGAAUCUCUGGGUACGCAUCAAUUGAAAGGCUGGACCUUUCACAAUGCAAGGGUCUAAAGAUAUUACGUGCUGAAUGCUGCGAAGAAUUAGUAGAAAUUCAAGGCCUCGAUAGGUUGGAGUUCUUGAAAGUGUUGAAUAUCUCUGGUAGUGCUGCAAUUGAGAGGUUGGACCUUCCGAAAUCCAAGGGUUUGGAGAUGUUAGAUGCUAACAAUUGCAAAAACUUAGUCAAAAUUCAAGGUCUCCAUAGGUUGGAGUAUUUGGAAACGCUGAGUAUCUUUAAUUGCGCAUCAAUUGAAAGGCUAGACCUUUCAAAAUCUGAGGGCCUGAAGAAAUUAUAUGCUGGAUGUUGCAAAAAAUUAGUUGAAAUUCAAGGCCUCGAUAGGUUGGAAUUCUUGAAAGUGCUGAUUAUCUCCGGGUGCACCUCAAUUGAAAGACUGGACCUUGCAAAAUCCACGGGCUUGGAGAUCUUAGAUGCUGAAAAUUGCAAAAACUUGGUCGAAAUUCAAGGCCUUGAUAGGUUGGGGUUCUUGGAAGAGUUAAAUAUCUCUGGGUGUGCUUCAAUUGAAAGGCUGGAUCUUUCAAAAUCAAAGGGUCUGAAGAUAUUAGAUGCUGAAAAUUGCAAAAAUUUAGUCCAUAUUCAAGGCCUCGAUAGGUUGGAGUUCUUGGAAGAGUUGAAUAUCUCUGGGUGUGCGUCAAUUCAAAGGCUAGACCUUUCAAAAUCCAAGAAUCUGAAGAUAUUAGAUGCUCAAAACUGCAAAAACUUAGUCGAAAUUCAAGGCCUCGAUAAGUUGGACUUCUUGAAAAAGGUGAAUAUCUCUGGGUGUGCUUCCAUUGAAAAGCUGAAGCUUUCAAAAUCUAAGGACUUGAAGAUAUUAGAUGCUCAAAAUUGCAAAAACCUAAUCGAAAUUCAAGGCCUCGAUAGGUUGGAGUCUUUGGAAGUUCUAAAUAUCCCUUGGUGCACUUCCUUAGGAAGGCCUAGAGAUAUUCCCACCUUGCACAACUUUUUUUGAUUGAGAAUUGCAAGCCCUUAGCAAAAUUUCGUAACUCGUCAAAUUUUCAUUAUUCAUGGUAAAUUGUCCUUGUCAGAUGGUCAUGAACUUCAGAAGAUCAGGGGUUUGAGGAGUCGAUAUCUCUAGAACAUAUUUCUAUCUCAAAAUGUUCCCCAAUUGAGAUAUUACCUGAUUUGUCCUCAUGUACCAACUCGAUCAGUCUAGUUGUGCAAAAUUGCAAGAAAUUGACUAAGCUUUGAGGGCUCGAGAAGUUGGAGCAAGUAGUGGAAUUGGAUGCAAAUCACUCAAAACAAUACCAGAAUUAUUUGGAAUGCAACUUCAUCGAAAUUACGAGAAAAAGCCAUUUGACUCGAUCAUGGAAGGAUAGAAUUUGGAGAAGACGACUGAUGAGUCAAAAUAGUUGAGAUGAUCCACAUUUCCUAACACAAAUGCAUAAGCAGUUGGCUUGGAAUGAAUUUAUCCACUGCAGUUAGAAGUCUUGGAAUCAAAGAUUUGCGAGGGAUAGAGAACCUUUGGUGGUACCAAGGCCU